AUGGCUUCGCUAAAGAAGAAAUCGCUCUCGGAGGCUUCUAAUUCCAGUGCACUCACGCCAGCCUUGCGGGAUACCUGCGUACGAUUGAUGCGUGUGGAUAAGGACGUCUUUCAAGAAGUACACGGUUUCUUGCAGGUCAACUCCGGUAUGAGCAGAACCGACGAAAGAGAAAAAAACCACGGAUCUUUAUUUGGCAACAGUGCGAUGUCCGCUGAACCGUCAGUACCUUCGUUGCCGCACGAAAUCAGUUCGACGUAUCCACUAUCGCCGGGAGGAGAAAUUGCCGCCGCCUUAUUGCUGUCUCGGCUUAUUCUCACUUUCGAACAACGACACUCAAAUCAACCCGCUGCGACUCUUCCUGCUGCGACAACUCCUCCUCCUCCUCCUCAAAAGGAAUCGAAGAAGGCUAAUCCGCCUCCCAGAAAUAUACCAGAAGCUUCUGGUGCCAUCAUCGUGCCCACAGCACCUGAACCACCAGUGGGAGCAAGUAUCACAACACCCAACGUUAUUCUGAAUCUUACAGCCGCUUCUACUUCACCCAACUGCUUCAGUAAAAAAUCACCAAUCUUUUCUAAUGAUAAAGGAUUGGCAGGAACUAUCCCGCCGGCUAGAUUGAAGUUGUCCCCCAAUGUGGUGAGGUGUUUGAGCCAUGCCGCUACCGAUCUCGGCCUUGUGUACGAAGUGUUGCCCCCACGAUUGGCAACCUGGUCUGUGAUACAAAUUGUUGGGUACGUCAUGAAUUGGUUGCAAGCAUCACGGACCGAAUUGGAAGGAACAUUGGCCCAAAAGGAUGCGACAGGAUGGAUUAGGAAGUUACACUUACUGUGGGACAAGGUUCUGCCAUCGGGGGAUCACGAUAAGUUUCACUUUUUUGCAACCCAAGUGUUAGCUUGGAUGUCGAACCGUAUCGUGGCAACUUUAGAAGCUUACUACGAUUUUUGUUUUAUCUGGGACCGUGUUAUUGCGCCCCGACCCUCAUUGGUUCGUUUACUCGAGUCUCUUAAUCUAUCACCCUAUAUUGCCGGUUUAGACGACGAGCGUGAUGAAGAUAGUGAUGACGAUGGACCGUGGUCACCUUCUCAACUGGAACGUGUUCAGCUUUUAGUGUGGAUGUUUUCCUGUGCCGGGGCCGCCUCGUUGCAAUCGCGGGACAUAAGUUCAGAUACCCCGGUUUCGCGUCGGCAACGCCUCGUGCUGAGUGCUGCAGCGAUUUUACUUUUCGUAUCUCUACCUUGUUUAUCUCCGACUAACGACAUGGACGACCCUGUUGUUCUUGAUGAGGUGGUCAUUGAAAUACCCAUUGAAAGCAACGGCGAGAAUAGUCUUGAACCAUCAGAGUCAAAAAAGCGCAAACUCCUGGACAAUCCGGCACAACGUGCCGUGGACGCCAUCCUGACACAUGCGAUUAGCGGUGCUAAGAUGGAUCUUUGGAGAGCUGUGUUGGACACCGUUAAUGUUGAAGCCGCCUUCACCAGAUGGGCAACCGUGGGUCCGCGCAAGAUGGGUCAGGAUGUGGAUUCGGAUGAAUUAAUGUCGCAAAUUGAAUUUUUACAGCUGCAUCUUGUUGCUGGUUUUAACAAUGUGCUUUCUAGUCCGCCGCCAAUGACACAGAUCUUUUCUGGUACGGAGCAGGACCCGCCACCGAUGUCAAACUCAUUAUUUUUAAAAAACUUGAGAGUAAGUUUUCCACGACCUCGAGCGCUCAUAUGGUAUUUGCCCACGAUCUUGAAUGUCUUUUACGAAAAGGCAGUGUUGCAUAUAUUCCAACGGGGAAAAGUUCGUGUAGAAUCCGUGGCGUACUUGGAUGAGGCUUCGUUGAUUGAGAACAGUAGAAGCAACGGUACCUUGGAACACUUAUGUCCCCGAUUGGAUCGAGUGGUGAAUGAAGAGGAACAUCAGUUUACAGCUGUGGCGGCACAAGACAGAUCGACCUAUACAGAUGCUCCGGCCAUGAUGGAAGCAAAGUUGUCGGAUUCUCUUAUCCUACCGAGAUUUGUUACACCAACCACAGUGACCGACUCAAUGGAAUUGAACGAAUGGUCCGUUUCGCUGUUGUGCUUGGAUGUUGUGAAACCAAGUACUAAACUCAGCGUCUUACUAGAGGAAUCGAUUCGAUCGCCUGAUAGCAAGCAAGCUUGGCCCGACAUUGUCCUUCCCGUUCUCAACAAAACGCUCUUGCGUUUGACUAAAGAGAACUUGGCUGAAAAGCGAUCGCGAGUCGCCCCAGUGGUGGUAGCAAUGCAGCCGGAAGCUGGUGUCUUUCAAGUUCAAGGCGAUUUGACGGCCGACAAAGAAUUGUGUAAGGCAGUGACAGCUUUGUACUAUCAUGCGUUGGAAGCUAUUUUAUACAACGAGAGCAAACGGCUAAAGACUAAGGCUCACCCAAGAUUGGUCUUGGACGAUGUCUUUCACCGUUCAAUAUUGGCUUGUUGCAUAAACGCAACCAUCCAUGCAGUUGGUGCAACGCAGAAGCUCCAGCCGAGUCCGUCGUUACAAGGUCUCCAAGUGUUUGCAAUCAUGCAGAUGACUGACAUCAAUCCAGCCGAGUACGUCAAAAUUUCAGAAUCCUUUGUUCGGGCUUUGACGACAGAUACUGCUCGUGGACAUUUAGGUUCGCCGUUGAUAUUUGCGCUACCUGCGCUCGUGAGGAAAUAUAUGCAAGCGACUGAACUGAAAAUACUUGAUUCAUUAAUUUGGGUACGCGAUCCCAAGUUUGAAGAUACAUUUCCAGAUCAGAUCGAAGAACUAAAGGAAAAGUCGCGGAAGGGGGAUGUUUGCCUAUGGCCGCCACAAGUUUUGGCACCCGUCUUGAAGGAAGAGCUAUAUGACCUAACUCAGGGUGAAACCAAAAAGCCGAUAUACCCUUCGACAGAGCACAGCGACUACACUGAUUACAAGACAGCUUCGUACAUUGUGCGCAAAAUACUAAAGAUUUCCUUUCACCGAAUUCAAAUCAUAUGCAAGGAACUCGCGAUCCCUUCCAUCUUGCCAAUUGUGACUCAGAUUUGGGUUACCUUUCGGUACUUUCUUCGGAACAAUGUGCAUUUACUGUACGAUAGACAUUUGGAUCACUGGAUUCUGUGUGCUGUGUACGGUAUCACGAAGACGGUCCGCUACAAACCAGAAAUUACGUUCGCUCGCAUAAUCGACGCAUAUGUCACGGUGCGAGGUCGGGAACUCGGAGAUGUGACGUGCCAACGAAUUGUACGGCAUAUCAAAGUUAACCCAGACAAGGCCGCGACUGAGGUUGGCAACGUCAUUCUACUAUACAACCGAAUUUUCGUUCCCUCGAUGAAAGCGCAUUUGCUAAAGAGCAAGUCUCUUAAAGUACGCACAAGCGAGAUUGUCAAAGUCCUGGAAAUGGAUGUGGAGGCACCACCGAGAAAAUCACAGAAAACUUCAGCAACGAUGUCUCAGUCUCCGACUCCGCAUGCUCUGCUACACUUUGGAAAGAUGGAUGCGAAAGCGCUUUUAACAGCAAACGAAGCAAGCUCAUGGAUAAGUGUGGACAAGGGAAGUCCUCCGAUAAUAGCAGCCGAAGCACAUGGGAACAAAAAGGAGCCUGAGGGUUCACGCGAAAUUCGUUUACAUUCGUAA